UUCUUUUCUUUCUUUUUGUUUUUUCUUUAUUGUCAAAUUAACAGUCUGUAGGGAAAAGCGUGAGGUCUUGAGGGAAGAUAGUGUUCCUGAGUUUGGGUCUCAGCCGGGUCAGCUGCCCAGUUAUUCGUGUACUUGGCAUCUUUUCUGUUCAACCCCAUGGCAUUUGCAUGUUUUAGGAUGGUUGUCAUCUUCCAGCCACCAAGCCUUUCAGUCUCUCAGCCCCCAUCACUCCUGUCCCCUUCUUCUCCCCAGGGUCCCUGGAAAGUUGUGAGCUUAGCUCAGCUAAGGAGCAUUCCCUGCCUUGCUUUUGCGUUCAGGUUAAUAGGGAUCUUGCUAAGAUUGUGCCUUUUGCCAUCUUUGGCUCCGGAGGAAAUAUCCAGGCCUUGAAAAUGUGUGUUCAUUCAAGUGUUGGAGUUCUGCACACCCCCUCACGCCCCAAGUAGAUUGAAUGGCCUAAGAAUUUAGCCUGCCAAUUCCCUGCUGGGUGGUGGGUGGAUUUGAACUAGCACAGUAUUAGGAGAAAAUGAUUUGCUAGAAAUUCUUGUUGAAGUUCCUGUACUGUGAAUGUUGAUAACACCCAGAACAUUCUCCAAUGUUCUGCUAGAAAAUUUUACAAUACUCUUUCGAAGAAGGCUUCUUUUGGAGGCUAAGUUUUGCGAAGAGCUGAUAAGACCAGGGCACUUGUUAUGCAAAAUAAACAACAGUCGGGCAGUGAAAACGAUUUCUUGUGAUCUGGCCUGCCUAAAUUGAUUUUGUUUAAGGAAGUCUUUAACAGGAGAGACAAGAGUAAUUAUCCAGUUCAUCACACUAUUAGUGUUUUGUUCUUGAUUUUCAGUGUGAUCUUAUAGGCAUCAGACAUGGUGUGAGACUCUGGGAAACGCAGUUUCAAGUGAACCUCAAAACGAGUUGUUUUCAUAAAUGUAAAAAUUUUCCUCAAUAAAGUGGUAUAAAGAUUGACCAUCACUUCAGUGAGCCAGAGAAUUAGAAUUAGUGUUUAUCUAGGGAAUUAGGUAAAAAUCAUUAAAUCCUCUCAACUCCUGUAAGUCUUCUCUCCUUUUUUUUUUUUUUUUUUUAACCGAAAAGAAGCUUUUAAUCACUUAAACAGUUAGGGCGAGGAAAUGGAAUUUUGCCUUUCACUGUUGUCACCUGAGUGAAGCAAGUCAUUCACUGAUUUCGCAUGAACUGCAGGUCUGACACUGUCAGGCCCUUGUGUGGGCGGUGGAAAUACAAAGAUGAAGGACUUUCGAAUUUACAGUUGAGAAGUGUUGGUAUGAGAAAAAUGAAAACUGACGGUGUCUUUUCUGGUUGUGGAAUCUCUGCUGUUCAGGAAUAUAAACACGUGAAAGUGAGAGAUGGUCUUUCCUAAAAUGGUAAUAAUUCCAGCAAUCUAGAGGCAUUUGGAAAAAGCCCUAUCUUCUUUAGCAUUCACGCUGACCUUCUCACCUCUCUGCCAUCUAUAAUGAUGGCAGCUUUUUAGUGUUGUAAUUUUUAUUCUGAUUUACAUAGCUUCCUGUGGUUUUUUUUUAGAACAAGUCGGGAUAUCUCAGGGGAUGCAAAGUGUCAUUCAACUGCAUCUGGUUUUGUUUUCUCCAGUGAUGUUCUUUGAACAACAAUAACCCGAUAACUUGAGCAUCAACGUGACAUUGUAUCUUCCGGAUAAGUUAACCUUUGUCAAUUUUAUGUAGCUAAUGGUGUUCAUGUGUACCAAAUAUUAUCUUAUAGAACUAAGUUGGACCUUUAAUUUUUUUUGCACAGAACUUAUUUCUUGAUCUUUUCUUUGUGCUCAUAGGAAGCUGACAUUCGUGCCUUCUCACCCUCAUCUUGGUUUAGUGACUUUAUUUUAAUACAAUUAAAUUUUCCUUUACUCAGAAUCCAGAUAACAACAAGCUUAGAUUCCUAGAUCUGUUUUCAAAUCUGUGUGACCCUCAUCUCAAAUAUUGUUAAAAAAAAAAAAAAAAAAGACCUGUUUAGUACGGUUUUAGGGUUAAAAAUAUUAUGGUAUUUUCUGGUGUGAAAUAAGUACUGUGGUAUUUAGUGCUUUUAGAUAAAAGUACUUUAGUACUUUUAGAUAAAUCAUUUGUGAUACAUUUGCGCUCAGUGUGAAGUACAGUAUAUUGUUAGAGGUCAUUUUUAAACAGACCUGGAAAGUAGUAACAGAACACAAGUGAGAACAGCCGUCAUAUCUUAAAUCAUAUGUAUUUUUCAGUGUCUCACAUUGUGCUGAGUGCCUAAAAAUACCAAACUAACAAGCCUUCUUGGUUGUUAAAGAGCUCAUUGACAACGUGAUGCAUUUUGAUUUGCUGUUUUUUUACAGCAUGGACACCAAAUUGCUAAAAACAUGCUUUGGGGCCGCCUGUGAAUUUACCUUUUGCGGUUUUGCUACACACUUAGUAGUUCCCUUUCUUUUGAGUUAAUGUUCUGGAGUUAAUAUCACAAUGAGUUCGGGCUUAUGGAGCCAAGAAAAAGUUACUUCACCCUACUGGGAAGAGCGGAUUUUUUAUUUGCUUCUUCAAGAAUGCAGUGUUACAGACAAACAAACGCAAAAGCUCCUUAAAGUACCAAAGGGGAGUAUAGGACAGUAUAUCCAAGACCGUUCUCUGGGGCAUUCGAGGAUUCCUUCUGCAAAAGGCAAGAAAAGUCAGAUUGGAUUAAAAAUUUUAGAGCCACCACAUGCAGUUCUGUUUGUUGAUGAAAAGGAUAUUGUAGAAAUAAAUGAAAAAUUCACAGAGUUACUUUUGGCAAUUACCAAUUGUGAAGAGAGGUUCAGCCUGUUUAAAAACAGAAACAGACUCAGUAAAGGCCUCCAAAUAGAUGUGGGCUGCCCUGUGAAAGUCCAGCUGAGAUCUGGGGAAGAGAAAUUUCCUGGAGUUGUGCGCUUCAGAGGACCCUUAUUAGCAGAGAGGACAGUAUCGGGAAUAUUCUUUGGAGUAGAAUUACUGGAAGAAGGUCGUGGCCAAGGUUUCACUGAUGGGAUAUAUCAAGGGAAGCAGCUUUUUCAGUGCGAUGAAGAUUGUGGAGUAUUUGUUGCGUUGGACAAGCUAGAAAUCAUAGACGACGAUGACCCUGGACUGGAGAGUGAUUUUGCAGGGCCAGUGGACACAAUGCAGGUUGAACUUCCCCCUCUGGAAAUAAACUCCAGAGUUUCUUUGAAGCUUGGAGAAACUAUAGAAUCUGGAACGGUUAUCUUCUGUGAUGUUUUGCCAGGCAAAGAAAGCUUAGGAUAUUUUGUUGGUGUGGAUAUGGAUAAUCCUAUUGGCAACUGGGAUGGAAGAUUUGAUGGAGUACAGCUUUGUAGUUUUGCAAGUGUUGAAAGUACAAUUCUCUUGCAUAUCAAUGAUAUCAUCCCAGAUAGCGUGACACAGGAAAGGAGGCCUCCCAAACUUGCCUUUAUGCCAAGAGGUGUUGGGGACAAAGGUUCAUCCAGCCAUAACAAACCAAAGGCUACAGGAUCUACCUCAGACCCUGGAAAUAGAAACAGAUCUGAAUUAUUUUAUACUUUAAAUGGGUCUUCUGUUGAUUCACAACCACAAUCCAAAUCAAAAAAUUCAUGGUACAUUGAUGAAGUUGCCGAAGACCCUGCAAAAUCACUUACGGAGCUAUCUCCGGACUUUGGACAUGCUUCACCACCACUGCAGCCUCCUUCCCUGAAUGCACUUGCCAACGAGAACAGAUUUCACUCUUUACCGUUCAGCCUGACAAAGAUGCCCAACUCCAAUGGGAGUAUUGGCCACAGCCCGCUGUCUCUGUCGGUUCAGUCGGUGGUGGGCGAGCUAAACAAUGCGCCUGUGCAGGAGAGCCCGCCCUUGGCCACAUCUUCCGGUAACUCGCAUGGCCUGGAAGUGGGCUCGCUGGCUGAGGUUAAAGAGAAUCCUCCUUUCUAUGGGGUGAUCCGUUGGAUUGGUCAGCCUCCGGGACUCAAUGAAGUGCUAGCUGGACUGGAACUGGAAGACGAGUGUGCGGGCUGUACAGAUGGGACCUUCAGGGGCACUCGGUAUUUCACCUGUGCCCUGAAGAAGGCUCUGUUUGUUAAACUGAAGAGCUGCAGGCCCGACUCUAGGUUUGCGUCCCUGCAGCCAGUUUCCAAUCAGAUCGAACGCUGUAACUCUUUAGCAUUUGGAGGCUACUUAAGUGAAGUAGUAGAAGAAAAUACUCCACCGAAAAUGGAAAAGGAAGGUUUAGAGAUAAUGAUUGGAAAGAAGAAAGGUAUCCAGGGUCAUUACAAUUCUUGUUACUUAGACUCAACCUUAUUCUGCUUAUUUGCUUUUAGUUCCGUUCUGGACACUGUGUUACUUAGACCCAAAGAAAAGAAUGAUGUAGAAUAUUAUAGUGAAACUCAAGAGCUACUGAGGACAGAAAUUGUUAAUCCUCUGAGAAUAUACGGAUAUGUAUGUGCAACAAAGAUUAUGAAACUGAGGAAAAUACUUGAAAAAGUUGAGGCUGCAUCAGGAUUUACCUCUGAAGAAAAAGAUCCUGAAGAAUUUUUGAAUAUCCUGUUUCAUCAUAUUUUAAGGGUAGAACCAUUGUUAAAAAUAAGAUCAGCAGGUCAAAAAGUACAAGAUUGUUACUUCUAUCAAAUUUUUAUGGAAAAAAAUGAGAAAGUUGGAGUUCCUACAAUUCAGCAGUUGUUAGAAUGGUCUUUUAUCAACAGUAACCUGAAAUUUGCGGAGGCACCAUCAUGUCUGAUUAUUCAGAUGCCUCGAUUUGGAAAAGACUUUAAACUAUUUAAAAAAAUUUUUCCAUCUCUGGAAUUAAAUAUAACAGAUUUACUUGAAGACACCCCGCGGCAGUGCCGGAUAUGUGGCGGGCUCGCCAUGUACGAGUGCAGAGAGUGCUACGAGGACCCCGACAUCUCAGCUGGGAAAAUCAAGCAGUUCUGUAAAACCUGCAACACUCAAGUCCACCUUCACCCCAAGAGGUUGAAUCAUAAAUAUAACCCCGUCUCACUUCCCAAAGAUUUACCUGACUGGGACUGGAGACACGGCUGCAUCCCCUGCCAGAAGAUGGAGUUAUUCGCUGUUCUCUGCAUAGAAACGAGCCACUAUGUCGCCUUCGUGAAGUACGGGAAGGACGACUCCGCCUGGCUCUUCUUUGACAGCAUGGCUGAUCGGGAUGGUGGUCAGAAUGGCUUCAACAUUCCUCAGGUGACCCCAUGCCCAGAAGUAGGAGAGUACUUGAAAAUGUCUCUAGAAGAUCUGCAUUCCUUGGACUCGAGAAGAAUCCAGGGCUGUGCACGAAGACUUCUCUGUGAUGCGUACAUGUGCAUGUACCAGAGUCCAACAAUGAGUCUGUACAAAUAAACGGGGUCAUCUGGACAGGUGCAGACACUGAAUGCCAAGUUUUAAUGUUGCGUUUCACUCGAGCUGGCAGUUCUGGGCAGCAUCCAUUGCCGGCAAUGGAUGUCUCUGCGGUGAUGAUCCUUCAGAAAAGGAUUCCUGCGUUUAAAAACAAAUUGCUUUUGUGUUACUGAAGUAUUUAAUAAGAAGCAUUUUGCACUCUAGAGAGUAUGUUUGUGUUGGUUUUUUAAGAAGUUUAAAUGAAGUUAUUAAUACCUGAAGCUUUAAGUUAAGUGCAUUGAUCAUCAUAAGAUAUUUUUGGAAGCAUAAAAUUUUAAUUGUGACAGUUUAAAAACCUCUUUUAGUCCAUUGAGAAUGUAAAUAAAUGUGUCUUCUUUAUGGACCAAGGAUAUGAAAUCAUUUUUCCUUUGUAGCUAAGCGGUUGCCUUGAGGAGGAAAUAUUUUGGUUUUAUUAAGAGUCUACUUUUAAUCCAGUUACUAAAAUUGUACCGAGUUUGAUUUGUUAGUUCUUCCCUGUAUAGUGCUGAUUCCUGCAUGUCUGCAAUCCGCUGAGUUUCUGUGUUUCUGCAGUAGUGGUCAGAAAAGUAUUUAAAUUCCUUUAAUGGUGUUUUUUACUUGUUCUGGUUUUGAGAUAAAUGAGUGAUUUUUGUCAUAAAACGUCCAUUUUUGAUGUAAUUUUCCUGGGGGACUAGCAUAUACAGCGAUUGAAGCUCUUCGCUCAGAGUAGUAACUGUCAGCUAACAUUUUUUUUUUUUUUUAAGGCUCCCGAACUAUUUCAUGCAAUGGGACACAGUAAAUUUUAUUGAAGAAUUGGCGUGAUGAAUAUAAUAUAUUCCUCUACAAAUAUAUGGUUCAUCAGAAAAUGAAUUUGCAUAGAGAAUCACUCAUAAAAAUUACCCUGAAGAGAUGUGCUGAGUGUCUAAACCUUUCCUAUUUUAAAUAAGACUGUCAGUCAGUCAAUCCCCACACCCUAAAUUCAGUCUGAUUUCCCUUGAGAUAAUGACAGUUACGAAUCAGGUAUUUUAUUGAAAUGCCUGCAGCGGCUUCGCCCUCCUCCCAAUUAAAUAAGUAGAAAAUGGAUGUUUUUGUAGCUAAUAUCUGUAGUGUGUGGCAGUUUAGAUAGAAGCGUAGGUUAUGCGUGUCAGUGCUGUGGGACGUGUCCUUGUGUGGUGUCCUUGUCUCGCUGGAAAACUUCCUCACCGUGCAGAAGGACAGACGUUGUCAUGUGUGUCCAGCAUAUGACUUCAUGAGACAUUUGAUGUCCCCCCAAAAGGGAGAGAAUCUUUACAAACCCUGCCAUGAUUUUCUUAAAGUCAUGUUUACCCUUUGGUUCUAUCACCCCAUUUUGCUGAUUUAGUAGCUUUAUACAUCAUAAUGUACACAAAUUCUUUCAUCUUUGCAUUUUGAAAUGAAAAAGGACCUAACUUACGCAUGAGGUUGCGCUCAGUGCCUGGGGGAGUGGUUAGAUGGGUAAUAGAUCCCGGGGGUGGGGGUGGGGGUGGCCCCACCCCAUCAUCCUGGGGUAGAUGAGGGCCCGGGGUACCAGAGGCCCAAGAUGGUCUAGCCCUGACCUCCCACAGGUCCAGUCGUGCUGUAAUAAAUGUGCUGAAUGAAUACAGGGAGGAAGGAGCCUGUCAAUGGGAUUAUAAGGGACUCUCUGGAGGGAUGGUGAGGGCUGUAUAUCUAGAUAAGACUGAAUUUAACAGGUAAAAAGCAAAAAGAGAAGACAGUUCCUUUUCUGUAGAAAUGGAAACAAAAUACAGGUUGAGGAAGGUCCUUGCUGCCCAGCCCCUUGAGGCAGAAGACGUGAUGGAGGCUUCUGGGGCACAUGUCCCACGGGGCAGAGGCGCUUUCCCGUGGAGGGGCCUCCGCUUUAUUGGUUUCUAAGCGCAGAGCUUCCAGUCCAUUUAGUGUUACCUGGGGAGGGAGCACCCAGUAAAGGGAUGCAGGUCCUUCUGUGGUGGUUCUUGGGGAGGCAGGCGGGGGGGGGGUGCCUUCCUGACCCUGGGUCCUGCCUCCCCACUCCCCACCCCCCUGACCGUCCCUUCUUGUUGCUGCUCCAACAGAGCCCCGUGUGUCAGGUGGGCACAGGCAGGGCUGGGCUGGGCUGUGCAGUCCAGGGGCCCAUGUGCCUACUGAUUGAUUUCAUUUUUAGCCUUAAGUAGUCUUGGAUAUUUUCCUGUUGGCUCUUUAAAUGUUUUGGUUUUCCUUUCUUCCAUAUCAUAUCUACAGUCAACUGGCAAUAAAUAGAAUUGUCUUAUUUAUAAAACAACUCAUGUUCCCCGACCUCCAUUAAAUACACACGUCUAAGUGUAUGUGUUUGUGUGUGAGAAUUUAUCUAUACGGUGGCCGUGGGGGGAGAACAGGAACCGUGUCAGAAUGUGUUCAGUCCCUCCCAUCAGCUUUAUAAAGAAAGGAGUUUGACUCCAUGCAUGUUGCAAACCGAGAGAAACAGUAAGAAAUCUCAGUAAGAUGUAAUUGUUACACCUGCUAAGGAUUAUGUCCUUAGACUGCUUUCGGAUUUUUAUAAGGCAUGCUUGCCAAGUGUUCUAGGUCAGUAGCUUCUUUCAAUCCCAUGGCUUCAUUUAUUUUCUCACGUCAUUCACAUAAUUCAGGAACAAGGGGAAGACAUGGUAAUUAUCUUAAGGGACUUGCAUUGUCAUUCAGACCCCUGUUGUGUGAACAUGGCCCCUUCAUGAAUUCAGAGUUCUUACUGCCCCCCUCAAGUGGAUCCCGAUAUCCAGCGAGAUGAUUUUGCAUCUACCUGGAUGGUUGUAGGUGAGAUAGGAGCUUAGAACACAGAGUCGGGCCCCAGCGGAGUGACCGUCUCCCAACAAGUAUUUCUUGGACGCUUAGUACCUAGGACUGCGUCAGAGACACGAGAGACAUAGGAGACCCGGCCCCCAGAAACCUCCCAACCCCCUGCUUCUCACCACAGACUGUCUAGGUUGCUUAGCCUGAGUGUCAGGGCGCCAGGUGCGGGGAGAGCCCUGGGAGGCGGUGGGGUAUGAUGGUAAAAGGAGACCUGGUUCUGGCCCUCUCUCUGUCACUGGCUCUGUCUUGGACACCAUGUUGGCUUCUUGGGUCUUAGUGUCUUCCUCUGUGUAGCAAGGGGAUGGGAAUAUUAAAUUUUUAUAGGAAAAAAAAAAAAAAUAGAAAGUUCUGGGUCCCCAGCCAUGCCUGCUGGAUCUGACUUAAUGAAUGGGGUUUAUGAUAAUGUCAAAAUUCCCACCGGGUGAAGCUGAUGAUCAGCCAGAUUUGAAAAGCACUGAAUCUCAAAAAUACCUUCUCUUUGUGUGAGUGUUAUUGUGUUAAUUAUAUACACAGGAGUCAUUGUAUGUUUGUCUUCUUGUUUCUCUGUGUUUACAAGUGAAUUUAUAUAGGGAAUGCAUUGUGGUAACUAUGCCUCAACCUACUGUUUCCUGGAGGUUUCGACCUUCUUGGGAACCUGCUUAAGAGGACAUUGGGUGUGAUUUACCUGGACAUCUGCUUUUCAGUUAAUUUCUUUAGGGGACAUUGAGUUGCUGAGAACCAAAGAAAUGGAAAAACAAAAUUGCUGUGUGGCGUUAAAGAAAAAAGUGUAAACUAGCUGCUGCUUUAUGAUGAAAAUUUGAACCUUGUGUGAGAGGAUUCUUCUCCGGGCUAGUAGGUCCUCUUAUCCUAAAGCAAAAUGCCCUUGUUAAAGCAGGGGAACUGUAAGGUGUGCGAUGAAAAAUAAGACCACCCUCUCUAGGGGUCCGUGAUGUCGCACCCACAGUGCCCCUUCAGUGGAAGUAGCCCUUGAAUUCCCCAAGGCAACUGGGGGUGGAGGCGGAGGAGAGCCUAUUAAAAUGGAAACAUGGAGUUCGCUUAGGGGCUCAGCGGUUAACGAAUCCAACUAGGAACCACGAGGAUGUGGGUUCGAUCCUUGGCCUUGCUCGGAUUCCCUGUUGCUGUGGUUGUGGCGUAGGCUGGCAGCUGCAGCUCCAAUUCGACCCAUAGCCUGGGAACCUCCAUAUGCCGCAGGUGCAGCCCUAAAAAGAAAAGAAAAAAAAAAAAAAUGGAAACGAGUGCAAGAGAGAGGGCGGAGGAGGGAAGGGCAGCCUGAGAGCAGGGUGGUUCUCUGUGCCUCCUGGGGUGUGUCUCUGGGACUUCAGAGCGAGGCUUCCUGCAGGGGGUCAGCAUUGCCUGGUCCGGUUGCCUUUCAGAAGCUUUCCUGGGGAGAACAGAGAGAUAGAGGGAAAAAAAGGCUUUCAUCUUACUCUCAAUUCUGGACUAGCCGAAGGGUCUUUCUUGAGUCUGAAAGUGGUGGUAAAAAGCUAACCAGCAGAGCCGGCCAAGGCUAACGACAAAGUGAGAAAGGAAGACACCCCUCCUUCCCGAUCCCAGUGAAUGUCAGGAUUUGAGCAGUUUGCUUUCUUGACCCCCUGUCUUGUCAGUGAUGCCGUUUUCGUUUCACCGAAUUUUAAAGUCUUUUUGUAACACAGGUUGGGGGAAAGGCCAGGUACGCGGGAUGGGCCUUUGGAGGAUCACAGCCUCGGAUGAGAUUCUCUUGCACUUUGAAGCCCUGUCCACUUUCACUUUUUAUUUUUUUCAAGAGAGAUUGUGUUGGAGACUCAGUUGUCCUUGGUUUUAUUUUAUAAAAUGGCCUAUAGUCCUCCGGAAGGUCUUAGCACCCCGUUAGAAACGUUCAUUUAAAAAAAAGAAAAAAAAUCCCAUGUGGAACUUCGCAGGGAAGUCGUGGGACUUUAUUAGGACAUUGGCAGAAAGGAGCACGUUUUUAUAUUGCAUUUCCCUUACUUGGUAUCUCGCUCAACAUUUUUUUCUUUUUUGGGCUGACGAACAUUCUAUAUUUAUGAAGACAUUCUUUAAAAAUAAAACCACAUAAACGAUCCCUUUACUAUCAGAUUGCUCUGAUUUAGCCUUAAUUUUGUUAAAUUUUUUAGAGAUGAUUGAAGUGCUGCUGUGGAAAGAAAUGUACUAUAUACUAUUUCUGUAUCAUUAAAAUUAAAUUUUUAUGGUUC